ACGCUUAAUAGGCGCGUACAAAUUCAACCAAAGCAAACACAAUGCCGCUACGCCUGGCAUAUGCUACCACGACGACGAUCCUGCUGAUCCUGCUGUGCAGUGGAGUGACAGCUAUACGUGUGGCACCGCUGAGUGCCAAGCAGCAGGAGCGGCUAUCCCAGGGAGCCAGUGGGUCGUUCGAGGGACGCGUCAUUGAUGGCAGCGAUGCGGAGUUGGGUCUGGCCAAGUACCAGAUCUCGCUGCAGGGAUCCUACUACUACGAUCACAUGUGCGGUGGAGCGAUCAUCAACGAGAGGUACAUACUGACGGCGGCCCACUGUGUCUACGGGUACAAUCCGGACUAUCUGCGAGUGGCCACGGGCACGGUGCGCUGGGCCGAGCCCGAUGCGAGGUACUUUGUGGAGGAGUAUUGGGUGCACUGCAACUACAACUUUCCCGACUACUCCAACGACAUUGCGCUGCUCAAGCUGAACGAUUCGAUUGUGUUCAAUGAGGUGACGCAGCCCGUGGCGCUGCCCACGGAGCCGCUGGCCAAUGGCACGGAGCUGCUCCUCACUGGCUGGGGCUCCACCGUGCUGUGGGGCGACACGCCCGAUGUGCUGCAAAAGGCAUCCCUGACCUACGUGGACUAUCCCACCUGCCAGCAGAUCAUGGGCAACGAUCCCAUGAAUGCCCACUGCCACGUGUGCACCCUGACAACGGGCGGACAGGGCGCCUGCCACGGCGAUUCGGGUGGUCCGCUGACAGCCAACGGCAUGCUCUAUGGGCUGGUCAACUGGGGUUAUCCCUGCGCCGUGGGCUAUCCCGACAGCCAUGCCUCUGUCUACUUUUACUUGGACUGGAUACGCUCCAUGAUGAACGGACCCUGCCAGAGCUGCCACUGCUAUGCCAGCAAUUACCCAAAUUAAACAAAAAUAAAGCCAAAAUCGGGAUAAAA